AUGUCCUUAUCAACAGGCAUUGUGGAAAGUUCUGACAUAAAUUGUCACCUCGCAGAAGAAGUUGGUGAACAGCUAAUGAGUAGAACCGUGGGAAAUAACUUUGCAGAUAUAAAACUACAUCGUAAGAACAAAGUUUUAUCAUUCGGAGCGAUGAGCAAUGCUAUCAAGGUCAAUGACGAGAAUAUAGAUGUCGAUCCAUUGUUAUUUUUCCAAAGGAUUGCGAUUGAGAAAAAGGACGAUGAACAUUUGAAGUAUGAAUUAGCUCCAUACCCGUUAGCUUUAUUCGGUGAACGCUGUACGAGGAAAACUGAAAAAGCAGCUUUAUAUGAUGUUCUACUAAAUACCGAUAUUACUAUAGAUUUUAAAAAUAGUAUCAUGGUCAUAGAUGGUGAGUCUCUCCUGCACCGUACUAAGUGA